CCGCAUUUCAACUCUUCAUUUGCACGUUUUGUUGAACAUCUUUGGUAGCGUCAGACAGGAUCCGGGUAAGAAGACCCUUCUUGCACUUUUCGCCAUCAGCGCCAGGUUUUCCGAAAUCCUUCGACCCACACUCGAAGCGAACAAGCGAUCUUAUACUAGCAGGGCCCCUCCAUUGUUUAGUUUACUCUCGACCCCAGACCACACCUUACUUCCAGCGACAAACGACUUCUGAACCCUUACCUUCACUUGGACUGCUCCAAUUACACCUACUCCGUUUGGAUGGCGCAUUCAAGGCUGGACACUUCUUCGACCCUCUCACGCUCGACUCUCUUCCGCUCUCUCGAAUUAACAUACCACCGACCAAGCCCGCUCCAACGAGCCUAACAUUACAACCAAUCACCAAGUCAGCGUUCGACGUCAACUUCAGCUUUACUCUACAUGAUCUCGUCAACACACACGUAGACGAAAGUAUUCGCUCCCAACAUGUCGGCGCCUAACGCAGACCUAUCGAUCAGGACAGACACGUUCCAGAACGAGCCUUUCGUGUCUGAACAUUUGCAGCGUCGGAACUCGCGAAUGGUAGAGUAUCAUCAUGCUAUCGAAGAGGAGGAUGAGAGCAUACGCACAGCAAGCGAGUGUGCUGAGCCCUUAACACCGAUCAGCCAUACCAGCGAAGGUAUUUCCUUCUCGCAUCCAUUUCGCACAGAAGAACAUGGAGAUGAGCUUCACACAACACCAAAAACUGCUGCUGGACUCAUGCCCAUUGGUCUGACGCCGCGAGCUACGCAUCCUGAAACCAAUCCAGGAAUGCGGCCCACGUCAGCGCAUGCAGAUGCAAAAGCCACGGCGCAAUACGAGGAUCAACUACAGACUGAGAAGCGGGGGUUCAGACAGCAUAUCGGAUCCUUCGUGCGAAGCAAAUUGCAUCGACGAAAUACACCCAAGGAGGAUGCCAAGGAACCUAGCCAGGACGCGCAAGGCGCUCGUCAGAGCGCAGAAUCAAAGGUCAAGACUAGCCCCGAAAUCCCUGCAACUCCGAACGACAACACCAUCGAUAACAAUCACUCGGCGAGCAACAUGAUUCAGGGCGGUAGAAGAAUUAGCUCUUUCUCACUGUCUAGCAGCCCUCAAAGGACUUCAAGAGCAGCCACUCCUUCACCGCCAGCGGACUCACCAACACAGACUAUAUCCAAUGAAGAUCAAGAGAGGAAGACACGGCUUGAAAAGAAGCCUAUGUCUUCUACCGCUUUGUCGAGCAUGAACCCCGCAAGACCGGGUAUCACUUGGGCUGAUAAAGGACCUGGCAACAAGCGACAUACGUGGUCACGGAGGCGGUCGGCGAGUACUGAUCACAUGCCACAGCUCGGGAAGGAUGACGAGAAGCCUACAGCGGGCAUGCUGAACACCUUUUCCAGACCACCUGAGAAAGGCGUUGGUAUGAAAGCUCGGCGACUCAGUCUGAACUUGCCAAGCGACUACAUCAUCGACCAGUGUGAAUUAGACAAAGAGUUCAAAGGCUCAAGUCUCAUGCCUGGCAAGCGAGGAAAGAUCCUGGGCAAGGGUGCUACAGCUGAAGUUCGUAUUAUGGCUCGUAGAGGUGUAUCUAGAGAUGAGCAACUGGUCGCUGUCAAGAUCUUUCGUGAACGCAACCCGGAAGAGACCGAAGAAGAUUACAUCAUGAAGAUUAAGUCUGAGUACAGUAUCGCUCGGAGCCUGCAUCAUCCGAACAUCGUUGAGACUCUCCGUCUAUGUACAAAUCGCGGUCGCUGGAAUCACGUUAUGGAGUUUUGCACUCACGGCGAAAUUUACUCCCUGGUCGAACGCAAGUUGUUCGCCAGUGGCGUCGAGGGGUUCUACAGUCGCGAGGACCGCUUGUGCUUCUUCAAGCAACUACUUCGAGGAGUCGACUACCUACACAGUCACGGAAUUGCCCACCGAGACAUCAAGCUGGAAAAUCUUCUAGUGGACAAGAACGGCCGUCUCAAGAUCUCAGACUUUGGUGUUGCAGAGGUGUUCAGCGGCGAGCAUCCAGGCCUUCGCGCAUCUGGAGGGCAGUGUGGCAAGAACAUGGGGGGCGUUCGCCUAUCAGCUAUUGGAAUCUGUGGUAGUCUGCCAUACAUUGCACCCGAAGUACUUGCGAAAAAGGGACCUUACGAUCCUCGUCCACUCGAUGUGUGGUCUUGUGCCAUCGUCUAUAUCACGAUGACCUUUGGCGGGUGUCCAUGGCAGGCUGCUAAAUCCGAGUUCGAAUACUACGCCAGGUUCAAGAGGGGUUGGCAGGACUGGCUGAAGUACCACCCUGACGGCGAUCUCUUCGAGGGUCCUAGAGGAUAUCCGGAGUGUGGCAAGCUCUUCAACAUGAUCGAGGGACCGGCGAUCAGACAUCUCAUCCUCAGGAUGUUACAUCCUAUACCUGAAAAGCGAAUAACGAUCCGGGACGUCUUGAACACCAGUCUCAUCCGAAACGUUGACUGUUGCGCAUCAGAGAGCUUCGAAGAUCCUAGGUGUUGUUCCAAUAGCAUCAGGCCCAACUCAGCACAAGGAAGGCUUUCGCCAAAGAAACCCCAGCAUCACCACAUACCGCCCAAACCUGAGCACAAGUCUCGCGUACACAUCUUCGAGGUGGGCGAAGCUUAGAUUGCGUAAUUUAUUGCAAUUCGUCAUUGCAUUAACGGGCGUUUACAUCAGCGUAGCAUAGCGCGGCCAAAAAGUGCCCAUUUGUGUAUUCUUGCCUGUCCCAAAACCAGAUAGACAUCAGUGUAUGCAUCUUAGAAUCCCGUUUUGAACGAGCAUCUCUCCAUCUGAGCAGGCGCUUGACAGAUCUGAUACCACACCAAAUUGCAUCUCAUCAAAGAAUGUGUC